AUGGACUUCGACCUUGAGGUGAACGAGAACGGACUGGAUUCCUUCGAGCUGGUGUUUCCCCUUGCAUACCGCAUCGCUUUUAUGGUUGUCUUCGCCGUUUGGUCGUGGGCUCUGAUAAUACACUACCUGCAUAGUCGACAUAUCUGCGUUUUGACUCUCCUCAAUUAUAACAAUUCCAGUGAUAAGCCGCUUCACAUUCUCAUUUACCGCCUCGCCGGCUUUCUCUCUUUGACUUUUGUCGUAUCCCUUGGCCUCUACUGGGUCAUUACCCACAAGGACCCACAACUCACUGGUUACUUCAACUGGCUUGCCCUGAUCAACCUUCUCAUCCUGGGCGUCCUUCUCCUAGCACCGCCUCACAAUUUCGCGGCCUCAUCCGGGGGUCGAGAUCGGCUUCUAUCAACACUUCGAAGAAUAAGCCUGGGUGGCUUGGCCCAGCCUCACCAUGGGAAGUUCGCCGACACCCUGCUGGCAGAUGCCUUCAUUUCUCUCGAGGUCAUUUAUGCCGACUUGGUCCUAUACCUGGUCCUUCUGUUUACACAGACCAGCGAGUCCCCCGACGACCCUGAAUACCAAGCUGUUAGACACAUCGUCAAGCCCAUAGCCAUGUCCAUCCCUGUACUCAUCAGGUUUCGCCAGUGCCUGACUGAGUUCAGCCGUGCUGGCAGUACACAGCUCUCGGAGGGCGUCUGGGGCGGCUGGCAUCUUCUCAACGCCGGCAAAUACAUCAGCUCGAUUCCAUUCAUCAUCUUCGACAUAUUGCGCAGGGAGGCCGAGGAUACUCCGGCGGGUAUACCGGAAGACAUCUUCUAUCUGUGGCUGGGAAGUCACGCUUUCAACACAAUCUACGGCUUUUGGUGGGAUAUCUCGCGGGAUUGGGAUUUGAAGCUGCUGGUGACGGGCGGUUCUAAAGGCCGUCAUGCAUUUGGACUGCGCCAAGACCUACUGUUGUUUGGUCCUCUUGGCUAUUAUUUGGCCAUCAUUCUGGAUCUCAUGCUUCGAAGUCUCUGGAUCCUGAAAAUCAGUCCCGACAUAGAUCGGAUCUUGGACAAAUCCUCCUGGGUCUUUAUCCUGACGUUCCUCGAGCUGGUCAGGAGGGCUGUCUGGGCUUUGUUCCGCAUGGAGGCAGAAUGGGUCAGGAUCCAAAACACCGAAGCUAAAGCAGCAGAGUUGGGGGCCAAGAACCCAAAGGACGAGGAAGCUGGUCUUUCUGUAGCAGCUGUGGAAUCACCCAGCUAUUCUGUGAUAUCUUUACCAGACUCUGUACAGGGGAGUCCAAACGCGCCUCCCGCCUACAAACCGCGGCUGGACCCGAUCGGCCACCGACGGGCCUCGGUCUGA